CGCAGACGCAGAGGUGCUGCCUGGGCCACUCUUCCGGUUGCUUGGGGCUGACCGCCAGCAGGCGGCGCGGUGUCGAACCCCGGGGAGCAUGGAGGGCACGUGUGAGAAGUCUGAAGAACAUGGGAGUGACGGGGAGGAUCCUGACUCCGCGGAGGCCCCGGUGCGAAUCCGGAACACCCCAGAAGACAUCGUGCUAGAAGCCCCGGCCAGCGGUCUGGCGUUCCAUCCGGCCCGCGACCUGUUGGCAGCGGGGGACGUGGACGGCGACGUCUUCGUCUUUUCCUACUCCUGCCAGGAGGGAGAAACCAAGGAGCUCUGGUCCUCGGGGCACCACCUGAAGUCCUGCCGGGCUGUGGCCUUCUCUGAAGAUGGACAGAAACUUGUCACUGUCUCCAAGGACAAAGCCAUCCACAUUCUCGAUGUGGAGCAGGGCCAACUGGAAAGACGCAUUUCUAAGGCUCAUGGGGCCCCUAUCAACAGUUUGCUGCUGGUGGAUGAGAAUAUUCUGGCCACUGGGGAUGAUACAGGUGGUGUCAGACUCUGGGACCAGCGGAAGGAGAGCCCCUUAAUGGAUAUGCGACAGCAUGAAGAGUACAUUGCUGACAUGGCUCUGGACCCGGCUAAAAAGCUGCUGUUGACAGCCAGUGGGGAUGGCUGCCUUGGUGUUUUCAACAUCAAGCGGCACCGGUUUGAGCUGCUAUCAGAGCCUCAGUCUGGGGACCUGACCUCUGUCACUCUCAUGAAGCGUGGAAAGAAGGUGGCCUGUGGCUCCAGUGAAGGUACCAUCUACCUCUUCAACUGGAAUGGCUUUGGGGCCACGAGUGACCGCUUUGCUCUGAGAGCAGAGUCUAUUGACUGCAUGGUUCCAGUCAAUGAGAGUCUGCUGUGCACUGGCUCCACCGAUGGAGUCAUCAGGGCUGUGAACAUACUACCGAACCGAGUGGUGGGCAGUGUGGGCCAGCAUGCCGGGGAGCCUGUGGAGGAGCUGGCCCUCUCCCACUGUGGCCGCUUCCUGGCCAGUAGUGGCCAUGACCAGCGCCUCAAGUUCUGGGACAUGGCCCAGCUGCGGGCUGUGGUAGUAGAUGACUACCGUUGGCGCAAGAAAAAGGGAGGGCCUCUGCGAGCCAUGAGCAGCAAGGCCUGGAGCGCCAGUGACUUCUUUGCAGGACUGAGGGAGGAGGAAGAGGAUUCCACAACACGUGGGGAAGAGGAGAGUGAGGAGGACAGUGACUGAGGGAGUGAGCUCUCAGGACAGUUCCUCACUCACAAGGCAAGAAUCCUACUUCCUGGGCUGGAUCCUGAAAGGCUAUGUUAUUUACAAUACUUUUGUACAGUUGGUCCCUGGGUGGUGCAAAUGGUUUCUACUGGACUACUAACCUAAAGGUUGGCAGUUCAAACCCAUCCAGUGGUGCUGUGAGAGGCAGGCCUGGGAAUCUGCUUCUGUAAAGAUUAAAAAGAUUACAGCCAAGAAAAUCAUAUGGAGCAGCCACUUUAUAAGACACAGAGUUGCCGUAAGUUGGAACUGACUCAGCGACAAUGGGUAUGUUUUUUUAUACUGUGCAGCUCAGGAAGAGACAUAGACAGAGACAGAGACCCAGGACUCAAGGCAAUCCUAUGGGGAAGGGUCCCUGCCCUGUAACAGCUGCUCACUCUACCAGUUUGAAGAAGACAAGCUCUCAGCUAGGGCAAACAGCACAGACACAGGUGUAUAUACCAACCAGGCGUUUAAUAUAAAUACAACCAGCACAGAAAAACACAAAACUAUACAUAAACCAAAACCAGAAUGUGGUGGGAGCAAAGAGCAGAUUUUCUGAUCCUUUGGCUCAGCCAGUCCCCAAAUAAAAGCCAACCAAAAUGACAGAUCAAGAAAUUGAGAAAUGAAGAUUCAUGUUAAGCUGUGGGAAGCAGGGAGGGUGUGUGUGUCACACGGAAUCCCCAAGGAAGACCACCAAGUCAGGUUAGACCCUGGGUUGGGAGGAGGGCCAGGUCCUUCACCACAACUUAGCUAAGCUGGAGCUGCCCCCAGGUGCUAUGGGGCUCUGCCCCAGCAGGGAGUACAUGUCAGGCCUGGGGCAAAAUCUGCCCCUCCCCAUUUUAGGCUUAGAUGGUGGCCACCCAGGCCUGCUGGGCUGGGGACUGACACAGGCUCUGCCUACCCAUUCAGGUUACCUGUGGAGAGGAUGGGGUCAUUGCUUAACCAUGAUACCUGCCUCAGCAGACCACAGAAGGCUGUUCCCAGACUCACUCAAUGCCUCCAGCAGCCGUACAGACACGGCGUCCUUGGCCACCUCGUGCCCAUCCUGCCCAUCUGGGGCCAGCACAACCCAGAUGAGGCCACUGAAGGGCACUGGAUGCCCAGGGAUCACCACCUGGUACCAGAAGCGGUACCAGCCAGCAGGGCCUGUGCCUAAGCACUUGGUAAGGAAUACAGGGCUGCCUAGCUUCAUCUGCUGGCACAGCAGCUGCAGGGCAGCGCGAGCCCCUUGGGGCCCUAGCUUGUCCCUGGCUAGGGCCAAUCGGCUGCCCUCUGGCUGUAGGCACCGUAGUGAGGGACCCACAAGUUGCUGGCGGAGUCGCUGCUUCAGGUCUGGCUUGAGCCACUCCACAGUUACCUGCUCUCCACAGAGGCACGAGUGUCCUGUAAGAAAAGGGUGGAGACAAGGGCACAUCUGAGCCCUGGGCCUAAGUCCCCAGACCCUGUGAGCCCUUGGGAGUCACACAGGCCUGGAUUUAAUUUAUGGUCUCCUUGUUUCCACCAGGAGUGACCUUGGGCAAGUUAAAUAAUGUCUCCAGGCAUCACUGUCCUUAUUUGUAAAGGUGUAAUAUUUGCUGCCUUCGAAGUUUGUUUGUUCUGAGUACUGCUUGGGGCAGGUCUACUUCAUUACCAUCUUAAUAGCUAACCUCUACUGUGAAUGCUUGCUUUGAAUCAGGAAAUGUGCUAAGUACUGUGUCCUAAAAGUUAAUUCUCACAACAGUAUGAAAAGGCAAGUUUUAUAGUGGAUAUAAAAAGUAGGCUCAGUUGGACUGCCAUGGGCAAGUCCAUUUCUCUUAAACUUAUUUCUAAAGAAGGAGGAAUCCUGACUGUUUCAUUGGGGUGUUGAGAUUAAUCUGGAGAUAAUGCACGGAAAAGUGUUGUUUUAGGUUAAGUGGCAGCAGCAGCACCACGAGAAAUAGUUUAAGGUUGUAAACUGAGGCAUACUUGACGCUAAGAAUCUUGCAAAUUGACAUGCUAUGCUGACGUGCAUAGGUAAAGAGCCUGGCAGAACGAGCCUGGCCCCAACCAGCCGCCCAGUUGCCUCCAUCCCGUACCUUCCACCAGAGCCUUUUUGGCCAUGGCAGCGGCGCGGUGCGAACUGAACUUGAGCAGCGCGAUCUGCGCGGGCGCCGGCCUGGGGCUGGGCAGCAGCAGCGCCUCCUGCAGGCCGGAACCCAGCGGCUGCAGCGCGAGCAUUAGCGCGUGGUGGCUCAGACCCGGCGGCAGCCCGUCCACGCUCAGCUCGCACUUCUCGGUACUGCGGCAUACGAGCAGCGGGCAGGAGGGCCGCAGUGGGUGGUUGUGCAGCGUGGCGAUGGCAGCCUGUGCCCCACGCCGCGAGCUGUAGCGAGCGUAGGCGAAGCCGCGGUUCAGGCCACUGAAGGUCAUCAUCAGGCGGAACUCAUAGAGGCGGCCCACGCGCUGGAACAGCGGGAUCAGCUGGUGCUCGUACACGUCCUGAGGCAGCCGCCCGAUGAACACUUCCGACCCGGCGGGCGGCGGGCUGCCCACCCAGCCUGGGAGAAGGGGGCGGGGAGGAGGGCACCGUCAUUCACCCUGAUCGUUCCGGGUUCGGGGCCCAGGGACCCAGCGUAGAAGGGCACUUUGUGCCCAAACGUCUGUGAAAUGGGUACAACAUCCAUACUCCGGGGCCGCUGGCAUAAUUAAGUGACUGAGCUAACUACGGGGCUAGCACAGAAUGGGUUCACCUUUAGACUGGCUCCCUUCCUCGAGGGGGCGGGUGGCUGGGAAGCCACAGUUUUGUGCCUCUUCUGCUUGGGGUGUAAAUCCGGGUAGUUACGGGGUUUUGAUGGUGGAGCUUUGGAGGAGGCCCCUCCCCCAAAAGGGGCUGGUCGGGGCGGUACAGGCUGGAAAAGCCUGGCAGGCGCCUGGGCUGUGGCUACCGUACCUGGGGGUGGCCCGCCAUACUUCCUCUGUCCGUUCACCUGCACCAGUCGGAUGCCUGUCUCCCUGACCCACGCCUCCAGCGCCGCCUUGUUCUCUGGAUUCACCCUCUCACACCACAGCUGAGAGGAAAAGGGCAGGAUGGAAUGGUGGUUCGCCUAGCCCAUCUCCGCCUCACUUGUGCGGCUGGCACCCCUGUUGCCCCCCGCCCGCCCUGCGCAGGUGGAGCGCCUUGGCACCCCUUCGUCACCGACUACUUACCUCACACUCCCGCUUGGACUGCAUGACUCCCCAGCUGGCCCGCCGGUACCCUCUUUAUAACUUCCUCCCCAUCGGCCUCUGGAAGCUUCCCGUCUCUCCAUCCCCCAAUCUCUCAUUGGUUCUGAGCACGACCCCUCCUCUCAAGGGGGUGGGGAUACCCACCGCACGUGCGCCUUGGGCCCUCGGAUCCGCAGGUGAACGCUAUAAACUUUAGUGGGUGAGUCUGCUGGUAACCUCACCUCUAAGAAGUGACUCACAAACUGGCACCGGGUGGACGCUGGAGGCAAGAACCCAGGGGCACCCUUCACCCUGGGGAAGGGCCUGUAGGCCCUACUGUAAGGCUUUCUCCCCGUUUUCCACCACUGAAUUGCCCUGAAUGAGAAGAGGCCCAGGCUCCGACGGUAAAGGCAGGGGUAGGCACCAGUGACACAGGCAGGCUCCAGUGGUUGAGGCGUUUUAUUGGACCGUUGGCAUUGGUCUUGGGGAGGUAUCCCCUCCAUCUGCUGUGGGGCCCUGUAGCAGAGGCGCACAAGCCACAUUAGGCCCCCAAGGCCCUCAUGGAAAAUGGUGUA